AUGAACCGCCUUUUCCCCUUCACUAAGUCCACAAGCACCCCCACCAAGGAGCAACUCCAAACCAAAGCCCUCCCAUCCUCCUGGUACCGCUCCGAGGCGCUGUAUGCUCUCGAACGCCGUGCAAUCUUCUCCAAGAAAUGGAUGGUAGUAACCCACCGCACCCGGUUUUCAAAGCCAGGUGAUUAUGUGCAGCUCAACGUGGCCGGAUACGGCUAUUUUAUUAUUAAAGAUCGAACGGGUGCGAUUAAAGCUUUUCAUAAUGUAUGUCGACAUCGGGCGUAUCCUGUUCUUCAGACGGAAGGUGGUUCUGGGACUGCUAAUAUCAUUUCUUGUGGAUACCAUGGAUGGUCCUACGGCCUGGAUGGUAAGCUUGCGAAAGCACCUCGGUAUCAAGAUGUGGAAGGGUUUGAGAAAGAGAAGAUGGGUCUCUAUCCCAUUCACGUCCACAUCGACCAUCUUGGUUUCGUGUGGGUGAAUAUGGAGGCUGGUUCCCAGCCGAGCGUCUCCUGGGAAGAGGACUUCGAGGGAGUGGACCAGCAGCCUCGCUUGCGGGGGUUUGAUCUGUCGCAGUACCAUUUCGAUCAUACGUGGAGUAUGAUGGGCGAUUACAAUUGGAAGACGCUGGCGGAUAAUUAUAAUGAAUGCUACCACUGUCCAACGGGCCAUCCAGGCGUGAACGCCGUCGCGGAUCUGACCAAAUACUACGUCGAGACUGAAGCGGGACAUAUCCAGCACUUUAAUGCUGAUAAGAAGGAUACGCCUGGCCUGGGAAUCUUUAGUACUUUUUAUUUCCCCAAUGCGUCGAUUACGGUUUCACCGUCGUUUUGGUACAUGAUGCGCUGUGUUCCUGUUUCCGCGACGCAGACUCGCAUGGAGUAUGAUGUCUACAGACAUAACGACGCUUCAGAUGAAGACUUCACCUAUAUCAAUGAGUUCUUUAAGCAGGUCCUGCGCGAGGAUAAGGAUCUGUGUAAUGCGGCGCAGAAGAAUUUGAAUGCAGGAGUGUUUGUGAAUGGGGAGUUGCACCCUCGGGCUGAGAAGGGCCCGUUGUAUUUCCAGAAAAUGGUUCGAGGGCUGGUGUUUGAUCAUAGGAAGAGAGAAGAGGAAGUUGGGAAGGAUAUUUGGCCGGCUGUGCCGCAGCACGAUUCCUCUGAUAAGUUGCAGGAGGAAAUUCGGUUUUGCGAGGGAUUAGAGUGCUCAGGGAAUGGCUCUUUAGUAUGGUGA